AUGUCUUCAUCUGAUAAUCAACCAAGGUCUGGUCAUGAUACACAAUCAGAUUCCUCAUCCCACGGAGGAACUGGUGGUUCGGGAGGAUCAAGUGGUGGUGGAAAGUCAAGUUCAGGAAUUGGUGGUACCGAAAGUUUAGGUGGUAUGGGAUCAUCUAGUUUAGCUAGCGGUUCAGGUGGUGCUGGAUCAUCUGUUUUUAGUGAAAGUUCGGGUGGUUCUGGUGGCAGCAGUCAACAGCAUUGA